AUGUCCUGCAAGGCCUCGCUCCUCAUCGUCGCCCUCGCCCUCGUUGCGAGUGCCAGCCCGAUCACACAAGAGACUGGUAUUCGUAUUCCGCUCGCCAAACGGAACUCGCUCACCAAGGCUGACGGCACCUUCGAUCGCGAUGCCGCCAUUAGGCAACGCGUUCGUGUCGCGAAUACUCAUGCUGAGAACAGCAAGCAUCGCCAGAACUUGAUCAACCUUAACCGCAAUGUCGGCCUUGAGCACUUCAAUGAAGGGGCAUACAUCCCGCCGCUCGCGACAGUUCCCGCGUCGGUGCAGGCGCGGCAGUCCGAGUCGCUGAAGGACCAGGAAGAGAACACGGAGUGGACUGGCACGGUCUCCAUCGGCACGCCCGCGCAGAAAUUCACGAUUGAUUUCGACACGGGUUCGUCUGACCUCUGGGUGCCCUCCUCGUCGUGCAGCGGCUGCAAGGCAUCCUCAUCGUACAAGGCGUCGAGCUCUUCUUCGAGCAAGAAGAAGAGCGGCACGUUCCAGAUCGAAUACGGCGACGGCUCCGAAGCGUCGGGUCCCAUCUACGCCGACACAGUCAGCGUUGCCGCCGUCAAGGUGACCGGCCAAACGCUUUCCGCGGUCACCAGUGAGUCUGGCGACCUCGUCGGAGACGCCGCGGAUGGUCUCCUCGGCAUGGGCUUCCCCGCGAUCUCUUCACUCAACGCUGACCCUUUCUUCCAGACUGCUGUCGAGCAGGGCGCAGUCUCUGAGGGUGUCUUCGCGUUCAAGCUCGCCAGCAGCGGCUCGGAACUCUACCUUGGCGGCACGGAUUCGUCGCUCUACUCCGGCUCGAUCGAAUACCACGCUCUCUCCUCAUCCGUGGGCUACUGGCAGAUCGGUGGUGCGAGUGCAAUAGUCAAUGGCGAGACUGCCGCCUCGGGCUUCCAGACUAUCAUCGAUAGCGGCACCACUCUCAUGUACGGCCCUCCGAGCGCAGUGAAGAAGCUUUACGGGAAUAUCCAGGGUUCGAAAGUGUACGAUUCCGACGAGGGCUUGUACUCCUUCCCCUGUGAUAACGCGCCCUCAAUCGCAUUCUCCUGGGGAGGCAAGAUUUGGUCUAUCAGCGCUGAUGACUUCAACAUUGGAUCGGCCGGCAGUGGGCAGUGCGUUGGUGCUCUUGGCGGCCAGGACCUCGGCUUAGGCACCAACGUCUGGCUUCUUGGCGACACGCUCAUGAUGAACACUUACACCGCCUUCUCAACUAACCGCAACGCUGUCGGCUUUGCAGAAUUAUCAUGA